UCCUACCAUGUACUAGUAAGUGUGAGUGCAACUACCAUGGAAAGCAGCUGGGGUGUCGGUGGCGUCGUUUGCCAUCUCCAGUGCGAGAUCAGCUCCGUCGAGGUCACGGGACUCGGCUGCACCGGUGCGCUCUUCCUCCGGUGCCACGUCCCCGCGGGCGGCGGCAGGACGAUCCAGAUCGACAGCCAAAGCGCCGAGGCCGAGCGCCGCGCCGGCGACCGAUCCACAUCGACCGACGUGGUCUCGUGGCGCGACGUGGCGUCGCUGGCGUGCGACGGCUCGCCGGCGUGCGUGCGGGAGCUCGCGGACACGAGGAGCGUGGUGUUCGAGGUGCGGAGGAGGCAGAAGAAGAUCAUGGGGCGCGCCGGGUCGUCGGAGCUGCUUGGCCGCGCCGAGGUUGCAUGGAGGGACGUCGGUGUCCCGGCGGUGGAGCGGCGAGUCGCGCUUGCCGUGUCCGGCCGGAGCAAAGGCGGGGCAGCCCGGAACGAUCCCGCGCCGGUGAUGUCGGUGAGGAUGAGCGUGCGCGUGUUGGAGACGACUGCGCCCGUCCGCCGGAACGUGGACUCGCAGCGGGAGACUUGUGGGUGCGAGUGGAGCGCCGGCGGGAGCGACGAUGUGUACGGAGUGGCUGCGUGCGGCAUCGCAGAUGACGCGGGCGAGUAGUUCGGUGUUCGGGAGUAAUCCUAAAAUUCCAGAAGUUUAUCCCUAUCAUAUUUUCUUCAAGAUACCUUCAGGGAAAUGACGUAAUACCCCAUAAUGUAUAGUAUUUGUUUCACGCAAUUUAUCGAA